CUACACUUCUCAGAAGGACGCGUCCUUUCGUGUCAACCCCAAGAUGGCGACGCGCAGAGUGGUGUCAAUGCUGAACCGGGAUGCCGGGCUCCCAGCUCAUUUGCGACGGACUCCGGUGCCUGUUCCUACAGAAGCCCCGGCCUCACUCUACCCGCCCAUUGUUGCCUCCCUGACCGCAAAGAGUAAAUCGGCGAGUCGCCGCAGGGUGGAGGAACAUUACAAGUUGGUGCACAAUGCCGGCUCUGUGACCGAGAAGCUGAAGCUGAUCACCGGCCUGCGCAGGCUAAAGUAUGUGGUGUAUCCGCAGACCUUCGCCUUGAAUGCGGACCGCUGGUACCAGCACUUUACCAAGACCGCUUAUGUGGCCGGGCUGCCGGGGAGAGUGGCCCCCAGUGGGGCUAAUGGCACAGCUGCCCUGGGCGAGCAGGAGCUGAAGGAGCUGAAGGAUUUAGUGUGUGAGGCUCUGCUGCAGGAGUACCACUACACCCACAAGGGGCGCACCUACCUGUAUAGGGACCAGGAAGUCUCAGCCGCCCCGUUUCUCCGUAGCCUGGUGUCCGCCAUUAGCAGCCGCUGUGCCGCCUUCAACCCACUGCUCACACAGGCCUGUAUGGAUCAGCAGCCUCAAGUUAACUUUUAUUGGUGUCGUGGGGAGACCACCGUCCCUCGUGGAAAAAGAAAAGGACGAGUUGAUCAUGUCCGAUUUCAGAUUGAUGAUAAGCCCCUUGUUCAAAUUAGGGUUCCACAACAGCUUCCAGAAUUUGUUCCUCUAGAUUACACUGUUCCAGGGGAAAUACCAGUAAUUAAUCAUGAACCAAGCCGGCUGCCCCUCUUUAGGAGACAAUAUGAAAAUAAUGUGUUUAUAGGUUCCAAAAUUGAAGACCCUUGUAAAUUUGGGCACACACAGCUUCAUUUAGUGCCUGAUAAGUUCAAGCGAGAAAGACUAUCAAAAUUAAACCUUGCCGACCAGGUUGAAGUUUUCCUGAGGGCCAACGCCAUUGCGAGCUUGUUUGCAUGGACAGGUGCGCAGGCAAUGUACCAAGGUUUCUGGAGUCAAGAUGAUGUGACACGGCCGUUCACCUCACAGGGUAUUAUUUCUGAUGGGAAAUAUUUCUCGUUUUUCUGUUACCAACUGAAUACUUUGGCUUUAUCUGCUGACUCGGAUAAAAAUCCUUCCCGAAAGAACAUUUGUUGGGGAACACAAAGCUCUGCGCUUUAUGAAUCUGUGGAGGAAACUGACGUGAAAGGAUUUAAUGAUGAUGUUUUUAAGCAGCUAGUUCAGGUCUUUCUUUACGGCUCACAAUAAUUGUGUAUUGUGGAACGGUUGGAGAUUAGAGCCUGUAUAUAUUUACAUAUAUAUAAUGCACUUAUGUGCUUCUGAGUUAAUAAAAUAUAUGCUGAAA